GGUCUGUGAGCUUAGCCGGAAGACGAGACCUGGAUGCAGCUGCGCCCUUGCAUCUUCUGAUGAGUGCAGGCCACCACGUGGGAGUCCCCUGUCAUCACUGAUGAGGUCUGCCACCGCCAGCAGGACCGACGGCGAUGCAGAUGCGUCAUCGAGAGCAGCCAAUCACCUUGGCAACAUUUGGUGUGCGCCGAUCAUUGCCUGCUGCCAAGGUGUCAUCACUGCCGACGAGAGAAGACCCUCUCCCGUCCCCUCUCAUCGUCCUGAGGACUCGCAUGCGACCCCGGAAAGCGCGUUUGCUCAGAGGCAGCCGUGCGCCGCCGCGAAAGAGUGGAACUUUGAUAUGUUCGGGCCUCGUGAUUUUCGUGUGGAUCUGCCGCUGAAGACGGACACAGAGGCCGAGGAGCCCGCUGGCGAGCUGACGCUGUCGAACUUCAUGACUACCUUCAGCAGCUCGUCGGUCAGCUCUGGGCCGUUGGAAUCGUCGUCGAAAUGCCCACCGGCAACUUUAUCGACGGCCAUCGGCACGAGCAGGUCCAGCACCUCAGCUGCGUCCAUCUUGAGCAAGCCCAACCGGUGCAUUGAUGACGACGGUGAUGUUGAGUGGGGGUGGUACACGCUGGAGGUGGGACCGAUGAGGCUGUGGAUGACGGACGGGCCCGCGCUCUUUGGUCUGUACUGGCUGUGUGCUAUCGGCUACUCCGUCUACAUGGUGUUGGGUUUGCAAACACUUAUGCCGGUGUCGGACAAGAUGCCGGUGUGGCUGUAUGUGCUGGGUAUGCUGGACCCCGUCGUCGUUCUCGUCACGUGCGUCUACUUCCUCUCUCUCCCGCCGCGGUCGCCUAAGGUCCUCAAGGCCUUCAACAUCGUUGUGCCGCUUGGGCUCACCUUCUCCGGCCCCCUGCUCUUCUAUGUGCCUCUGGGAACACUGUGGACGUACCUCUGGCUCUUCGGGGGCCUGAUCCUCAUCUCCUUCAUGUUCAUCAUGGUAGCGGUGCCGCGGGCCUACCCAGCCACAAUCGACACGUGCACCUCGCAAACAUCGAUCAUUUCCCGGCCUCAGAGGAAGUUCGUGGUACAGUACAGAGUCCGUCCGGUGCCUGGAGCGGCAGACUGGGGCCUGCCUGUCUAUGAGAAGCUUGCAGCCUACGUGUGGCUCUCCAAACAACGGAAGGUCGACGCUGUGCUGCUGGAGCGGCUACUCAAAUUCUGCGGAUACCUCCUCAUGGUAUGGGACUUCAUCUCAGACGUGGCUGUGGGCACCCAGCUGAUCAAGCACGGUCGGAUACUGCCGGGGGUGGUCAUCCUGGUCCUCAGUCUCUCGGACGCCGUGUCGAUGAACGUGCAGUAUGAAUUUAGGACCCUCGGCGGCCUCACUCUCCGGCAGAACGCGCUGGUCUUUCUGCUGGCCCUGCUGGAGCUGCCCAUCAUGGCCUUGACGCUCGCCUACUCGUCUGAAGGCGACCCCAGGAUGCACAUCGUCUCGGCAGUGCUCACCUCGUCGGUCGUGCUGGUUCGCGGCGGCAUCUUCGCAUUUGUGGCGAUUCGUCAUCACUGGCGACGGCAGAAACAAAGGAUGGCCGAUGGGGUUGGUGGCGAGGGGCCAGCGAGUGCCGAGCUGAUGACGCCGCGGCUGUGUCUGUCGGAGCCGUGUGACAGAGAUGAGGGGAACGAUGAACAGUCCAACUGGUCUGUCUGAGGCUUUGCCGACCGUGUGUGCGCGCACGUAUGCCGGCAGCUCCGCACGGCGGCUUAUUCAGUGUAAUCAAGGGAGGAGCUGUAUUGUACUUUCGUGUGUGAUGGCGUGUGAACGACUGAAGGGGCGACACACAUGCGUCGCUGGAGUGGUGGGUAGGUGGGAGGGUGAAGUUUUGUGGUCGAUGGAAGUACAUGCAUCUAUCUGUCUAUCUGUAAGGGCACGUUUCUUGUAUGGGAGGGUCCCUGGGGAGGUGACUGUGUCUCUUUUCGUUGGCAGUGACUGAGUGAGGGAGGGGCUCUUUAAGCUUGCUUUGUAAGGGGCUGUUUAAGCUCUGUCUCUCCUGCCUCUUCGCCUUCUUUCCUUCCUGCCUGGCUGCCUUCCUGUGAUGUCGGUCUGCAGCCGGUAGGCCACAGAGGGGCGCAUAUGUGUCGGCAGGUGUAUUUAUCGGUGCGUGCAGUCCCUGUUUCAUCCAUUUGUCCGUUAUUUGCGCUGUCAGGUGUUGCGUGAUUGCGUGUAGAAAAUGCGUCAACUGGCCGAGUGCCAUCGAUGCAGAACUUUUGUGUAUGAUGAAGGUGCAGUUCUCUCCCUCUCUCUCUCUGUGUGUGUGUGUGUGUGCGUGGCAGCCCAUGUGCACAUUCGUGUGCCAUCGUGACACAUGUCUAUCCGUAUAUCCUCGCGUGAUGGUGUGCGUAAGUGUGUGUAUCUGCCUGUCUAACGCUGUACGGUAGCUUCAUGUGUCUGAGACUCCGUCCGACCAUCGAUAUAUCCAUGCUGCAUCUCUAUGGAUGCUGUGUGUGGCCGGCCAUGUCUGUGUCACGAAGACCACUCGUGGGAUGACAGCCUUUUCUGCACCAUUCAAUGACGGGAAGGUCAC